AUGCGGCCUCACAUUGAUCCCCAGAUCUAUUGGAUCUAUUGGAACGGCGCUGGUUCGUUCUUCAUCUGCGCUGUGCCCCUUACCAGCUCGAUUCUUGAAUCCGCGAAGGUUCGCUUGGUGAUCAACAUUAUCCACAAGGAGCCUACGCGAUGUCUCAGGGUACGAGGUAUACUGAGUGGCGUGGUCGCGUUGCUCGCCUUCGCGACAUCAUCCCUUGCAACACUCGUCCAUCAUGAUGCGGCCUUUCGGCCCGAUCAUAUUCUUCGAGUAACCGCUCAGAAUUACACAGCAGCAUGUACGACCAGAUAUUCCGUUCUGGUCAAUGGAACGUCGCCAGGGCCGGAGCUACGCCUGAAAGAGGGGCAGGUGAACUGGAUCCGCGUCUAUAACGACAUGAAGGAUGAGAAUACUACCAUUCAUUGGCAUGGUCUCACUGCAUUCACUGCUCCUUUCUCUGACGGCACCCCGGCAGCAAGCCAGUGGCCCAUCCCCGCUGGUCACUUUUUCGACUACGAAGUCAAACCCGAAAUUGGGUCUGCUGGAACCUAUUUCUAUCAUUCCCACGUCGGAUUCCAGGCCGUAUCUGCGAACGGUGCUCUCAUCGUCGAUUCGCACGACCGACCGUACCAUUACGAUGCCGAACGCACCCUUCUACUAUCAGACUUCUUCAACAAGACUGACAAGGAAAUCGUUGACGGUUUGACCUCGACCAACUUCACGUGGAGUGGAGAAACCAAGGCCCUCUUAGUGAACGGCCAAAGUCGCCAGGCAACCAAUGCCACCGGGUCGUGCCAAUUAGGCUCCAUUUCCGUCGAGCCAGGCUUGUCGUAUCGCUUGAGAUUUAUCGGGGCGACCGCUCUGUCGUUCAUCUCGCUUGCCAUUGAGAGUCAUGAUGUGCAGAUCAUCGAAGCGGAUGGCCACUAUACCAAGCCUCUUAGAACAACCUUCUUACAAAUCGGAAGUGGUCAGAGAUACAGUGUCCUUCUAACCGCAAAGUCUGAAGAGGAGCUGAAAAAACUCAACAGUCGCCAAUUCUACAUCCAGCUCACCACGCUGGAAAGGCCAGAGUCUCUGACCAAUUUUGCUGUUCUCAACUACUCGGGAGGAAAGAAAGCGGACUUGAGAACGGUGCCCUCCAGGCCACCACUUCCCAAAGCGAAGAUCGUCGAAGGCUGGCUGGAUUACGAGCUCGAGCCUCUGCAAGAAAAUAAAGGCUUCCCUACACUCGAAGAAGUCACCCGCAGAAUCAUUAUCGAUGUCCACCAGAACGUCAGCGACCAUACGAUCUGGCUGCAAAACGGCUACGAUCGGGUCCAGAGCUUCCCCAAAUCACCAUACCUGGUCGACAUCUACACCGGCAAACUCGACACCGAGGAAACGUACGAACGCGCAAUCUCCCGCGGCAACGGAUUCGACAAUAUUACCCGCACCUUCCCCGCCAAUGUAGGGGAAGUCCUUGAAAUCGUCUGGCAAAACCAAGGGACUUUCACAAACGGAGGCCUGGAUGUCCACCCCUUCCACGCCCACGGCCGACACGUCUUUGAUAUCGGCGGAGGAGACGGGAAGUACAACGAAACCGCCAAUGAAGAGAAGCUCAAGUCUGCCCAUCCGGUUCUUCGCGACACUUCCGUGCUGUACCGUUAUCACCAGAAGACCAAGCCCCUGGAGCCGUCUGGCUGGCGGGCGUGGCGUAUCCGGGUGACGGAUGCCGGUGUAUGGAUGUACCAUUGCCAUAUCCUUCAGCAUAUGGUGAUGGGGAUGCAGACUGUCUUCAUGUACGGGGACCGAAAAGAUAUUCUAGCACAAUCUAGUCCGGUGGACGCUGGCUACCUUACUUAUGGAGGCUCUGCGUAUGGGAAUACCACGCAUUCGCCUGUCGUGCGGCACUAUUUUGAUUAG